AUGGUUCUGCUCGCCACGGGUCUCUCGCCUCGAACCUAUACUAUCGUUCAUAUUGAGGUCCUAAUUGAUUCUCUCUUUCUGCUCAUGUCUUUCGACCGGGUUCUCCCCAGGCCGGCGGCCUUGUACGAUGAACAGGCCGGUAGAAUCCAUAGAAAAACCAGCAGCCUGCUGGAGCACAAGAUCAUGAAUGAUCAUCAUGGCCUGUCGCCAGUCACUACGGCCGUGACGAACAGAAUCGACAGUCUGCCUACCACCCGUCCGAAUGGCAGUUAUCGUCAUCUCGCCGAACCUGCAAGUUGCUCAACAUCCUUGGGUCAAAUGCAGCUGUCAUCUCUCAAUCGGGAAAAAGUGUCUCAGAACCAGAUCCCAGUGAGAAUCUUGACUACUCCCAAGCAGGCCGCGGCGGAUGAAGCCUGUCCUCGGGACCGAUCAGCCUCGUCUAGCCCAACCAAGAAGGAGUCUGCAAAGGAGUCAGCCACACAGUUCUGUCUAUGCCAGCCUGAUCCAAAGAUCCCGAGACCUCGAAAUGCCUUCAUAUUGUACCGGCAACACUAUCAAGCUGCCGUCGUGGCACAAAACCCAGGACUUGCCAAUCCAGAGAUUUCCAAGAUCAUUGGAGAACAAUGGAGAGCGCUGCCCGAGGAGACCAAAGACGAAUGGAAAGCUCUGGCAGAGGCAGAGAAAGCUCGACAUCAGCAGCAAUAUCCAGAUUAUCGCUAUCAGCCUCGUCGGUAUGGACGGGAUGGCGGUUCCCGCAGUGGAAGCUCCAGUAUAAGCACCAAUCCUGCUGGAGCUACAGUCUGCAAUCGUUGCGGUGGUCGCCUCAUGAAUCCUCCCUCGGCACCGGAUACGCCUUUGACCGCGAGCGGACCAAUGUCUAGUAGUCGGUCCUCCCAGGCCGAUUUAUCAUCUUCUCAAAGCAAUUCUUCUCGCGGAGCCCGAGACGCUCCUGCUCGUCCUCCAAGUCCUUCGCAACUUCGCGUCGACAAUGAUCGCCGGGCUUCACGUCAAAGUUACUGGAAGGACACUGACCCUCCAUCCUCCAAUGUCAAACGCCGUCGCUUGACCACUAAUGGAAUUCACAAGAUCAAUCCUAAUGACGGUAGUCUUGACUCGGAGCCAUAUUCCCUGUCUUCGCAGAAAACCUAUGUCCCUCGCCCGGGCGUGGCAUAUUUCCGGAGCCAUUGUGAAUCAGCCACUAAUGGUCGCACCCAUCGUCGACUUGAGAAUGAUGGGUAUUAUGACCCCAGUCUUAAACUACCACCAUUGAAGACCAGUCUUUCGUCUAUACAAAAUCAGCGUGACGUUGAAGCCACGGUGAUGACCAUAUCGGUUGUGAACAAGAUCAAGGUGCUAGCCAAGAUCUCCCCGCCACUCAGCAAUCGUUCCAUAGUUAAAAACUCCCUGCCUCGAGGCGCGGUGAUCGCGGUGGAUGGACAAGACCCGGCCUUGGUUAAUGUCAUGCUUAAAUAUCUGGGGACUCUGUUGACCAAAGACGGGAAGUAUACAGUGCGUGUCUUCGAAGGACCAGAGGUGCGAUCACGUCAGAAUUCGUUUAAGGCGGGGGAAAUGGGCGAUGCCACGGUUGACUAUCUCCAUGUCAUUUCAGUUUGGCAUCGGAUCUCGGAUGAAAUUACCCAAUUCAUUCUUUCGAAGUCUGGAUCCAAUGGAACCAGGUCUGUUGAUGAUCCUUCAUCACCUGUGUCGCCAAAAUCAACCAUUCCAAAGUCAUCUCGGACGCAAAUAUCGUCACCCAUGACAUCUUCCAACAACGGAAUAGCCAAUGGAUUGGGUCAAAAUGGAUUGGGUCAAAGCUCUGCUUCCCAUGCGAAAGGCCCGAAUCCAAUUCCCAUUGCCCUGGUGCCACGGUAUCAGCUCACCACGGCAGACACGUUUGCAUGUUCCAUUCCUAUACACGACUCUUACGCACCCUUAGACCAUUGGCAGUGGAUGGCGUCCCUCUGGCGGGCUUGUAUCGGCCCGGAUGUGACAGUUCACAUACGAGAAUGCGAUAGGGAAGAGCUGGAUCGACACGGCGUAGGGAAUCCAGUCGAAGUUCGGCUGAAUGAUGCGAGAACGCUCAUUGUCAGAAGGACGCCUGAUUCUCCGAAAGAUAUCGAGGAGAAAGCACUGAGACGGGUGGGCUUUGAAAUCGAAGACUUCUUGACCCGCUAG